GUAUAUUUGUAUUUCUGCCGUUAGCCAGCCUGAUUAAAUGCGUUACGGCUUAGAUAUGGCGGCAUAGAGAUUUGCACACGUGUAUGUGAGAGACCAUAAUUUAUUUAACUUCUAUCAACACUGCCUGAAGGUGUCUGAAUAAGCAUGGCACAAGAAAAGGAGAAUUUGGACGCUUUCGUCACAGUUGUGACGAAAAGGGGUCGCAAACGCCGUGCCCAAGACGAAAACCAUAUGGAUGUUGAUAGAGGCAUUGAAGGCAGACGUCGACCUCAGCAUACCCCGGCUAAGAAAGGAAGACUACGAAAUGGAGAACGCGCGGAAAUCAGGAAAAUUGCAGUACCAGCUCAUCGUUACACGCCUCUCAAAGAAAACUGGAUGAAGAUAUUUGGUCCCAUAGUUGAACACUUACAUCUUCAGAUCCGUUUCAACCUUAAAACCCGUAAUGUUGAGAUUCGAACUUGUGAUGAAACACAAGAUAUUAGCAACCUUCAGAGAGCUGCAGACUUUGUUAAGGCAUUUGUGUAUGGUUUUGAAGUAGAUGAUGCAUUAGCUUUGGUCCGACUUGAUGAUCUGUUUAUUGAAACAUUUGAGAUAAAAGAUGUAAAGCCACUGAAAGGAGAUCAUAUGUCACGAGCAAUUGGUAGGUUGGCUGGGAAGGGAGGUAGAACAAAAUUUACAAUUGAAAAUGUUACCAAAACUCGAAUUGUACUUGCAGAUUCAAGAAUACAUAUCUUAGGCUCCUUUCUAAACAUUCAGCUAGCAAGAAGGGCAAUAUGUAAUCUUAUUCUAGGUAGCCCUCCAUCCAAAGUGUAUGGGCAGUUACGUACAAUUGCUAGUCGAAGAUCAGGAAGAUUAUAACUGUUAACUAAAUUAGGAAAUUGCAGCACUAUGUACAUUGAUAAUGUGGUACAAAAUAAAGUCCCACCGAUAACAUCAAUUGUACUGUAGACAUGCUUAUUUAUUAGCUUUGUUUUUGUAAAAAGUAACAGCAUGCAUAUAUAUUGGUUUGUUUUUCGAAACAAUGUUAACGGGAUGCAAUUGCAAUGGAUGCAGUUAAAUCAUUGUAUUGUGAAUCAUGAUUAACCAAAUGUGAUUGCAGUAAAAUACAUGUUAAAUCAUUGUCUGAUUCUGUUUAGAAUUAUGUUAGUGAUGUGCACCCUUGUUCCCCAAAAAGUGUCCGUGAAUGACGUAUAUUUCCAGUGUCCAUUUUUGCGAGGUCCUAAACAGAAAAAGAAUUCCUGGAAGUAUAAACCUUAGUCAACAUGUAAUUUGUAUAACUGUUAAUAAACCUUUUUUUUGUGAGUUAA